UUUGGGUGACAUCAAAAAGCAAGGACAUUAUCAAGGACAUAUUCUUGAAACGUUUUAUUGUUUUCUUUCUCACAUUCAGGAAAAUGACCAGUUCAGGUUUCCAUUCUCCAUAUCAAAGUGAUGAUGACGAUAGUGAUAGCUCUCAGAAAGGUUUUCUUGACAGGUCAGCUAGUCUGUCACGCUUACGUGCUGGAAUGAAGACAGAGAGUAAUGCGAAGCAGCGAAGAAGACAGAAAAUGAGGGGAGAGGUUCACAGUCAUUUAGACGAGAGCAUUCGUCCAUACAUUGAUUUGAUUGACACUCUGCGGUCAGUUGGCAUUCAUAAGGACUUGGCGUUACCCACUAUUGUAGUGAUCGGAGACCAGAGUUCUGGAAAAAGCUCUGUGCUGGAAGCGCUGUCUGGAGUUGCGUUACCAAGAGGGAGUGGAAUUGUGACCAGAUGUCCAUUAGAGCUAAGGCUGAAGAAGGUACCAGGAGUCAAAUGGAAGGCUGUUUUAACCUACGAUAAGAAAGCAGAUGGAUCUGAGAAUCUUUUUGCAGCAGGUCUUAAACACGGCAAACUGGUGAGUGGAAAGGUUGGACAGUCAGCUCCCAAAGAGAAGAAAAUUGAGUUUGCAGAUCCUUCAUUAGUUGAAGAAUGUGUAGCAGAAGCCCAGAAUGAGCUGGCAGGGAAAGGGGUAGGAAUAUGUGAUGAGCUCAUCACUUUAGAGAUCAUCUCACCAGAUGUGUGUGACCUCACACUGAUCGAUCUGCCAGGAAUUGCCCGAGUCCCAGUAGAAGGACAACCAGAGGAUAUUGGAAAACAGAUAAAACGUCUGAUCAUGAAAUAUAUUAAGAAACGUGAGACUAUAAACCUGGUAGUGGUCCCGUGUAACAUUGACAUUGCAACAACAGAAGCCUUAAAAAUGGCACAAAAAGUAGAUCCUGAGGGCAAAAGAACUGUGGCCAUUUUGACCAAGCCAGACCUCAUAGACAAGGGAACAGAGAAGAGCGUUCUGGCUAUUGUCCACAACAAAGUGAUUCCUCUGCGCAAAGGUUACAUCAUGGUCAAGUGUAGAGGACAACAGCAGAUCAAUGAUGAAGUUCCUCUAGAGGAGGCAGCACAGAUGGAGAGAGAUUUCUUCCAAAACCAUGACCACUUCAGAUGUCUCUUAGAAGAGGGUAAAGUGACUAUUAAAUGUCUUGCCAUCAAACUGACUCUGGAUCUUGUUGAUCAUAUCAAAAAUUCACUGCCACCGCUCCAGCAGCAUAUACAAAAACAGCUGUGCAGUGUGAAAAGAGCACUUCGUGACUGUGAGGCUGGACCUCCAGAUGACCUCGAGGGAGCCAAGGAAUUCCUCAUUGAGACCCUAAAUGGAUUCAAUGAGAAAAUCAAGUCCCUGUUAUCAGGAGAGCCGAAGAAUGGGAAAAGUUUGUUUUUCCAGAUCCGUGCUGAAUUCAGGAAGUGGAAUGAUUAUCUUACCAGUACAAAGCCAUCCUUUAACAAUUCAAAAGAGUUAGGUGAGAACUACAGAGGGAGGGAACUGCCCGGCUUCAGCAACUACAUCGUUUUUGAGAAGAUUCUGCAGGACCAUGUGGCCAAAAUUAAGGAUCCAGCCAUUGAAUUACUCAAUGCCAUAAAAGAUAUCAUCAUUAAGCAGUUCACUGCCGUGGUGAAUGAGUGUUUCCAGAACUACCAUGUCCUUCAAAACAUCACUGAGGACAAAAUCAAUGACAUUCAGCUUAACCAACAAGAAAAGGCAGAGCAGAGGAUCUCAGAGCAGUUUAAAAUGGAAAACGGGAUCUUCACUCAAGAUCCCAUUUUCCUGAAGGUCUUGAGUGUGAAAACAAACCAGACUUUUUCAGAUAAUGAGUUACCUGUCUUUGACAAACAGUGCAAGUACAGUGAAAUGCUGGAGGCAUAUUACGAGAUUGUGGUGCAGAGAUUGGCUGACCAGCUGCCCUUGAUGAUCACCUUUUACAUGUUGCAGGAGACUGCUCGGCUCUUGUCUAUUGACAUAAUGAAAUUAUUGGAAAAGCAAGAUGUGCAGAAGCUCCUGUCUGAGGACCCUGAUGUCAGCAGAAAGCGCAGCGACCUAAGAGCUCGGCUGACUCGUUUGACUUCUGCAGCAAGAGCAAUUAGCAAUUUUUUGAAUGAUUAGAGGAUAUAUCUGAAAAUACAUAUAGUGUAUCUGAUGGAAAUCUUGUAAUGUAUCUGACAACAACUGUCCAACCAUCCAUUAUCAAGUGUUGCAGGAUUUGACCAUUUAACCCAUAACUUUCAGCUUUUUGAUUAUAUAUAUAUAUAUAUAUAUAUAUAUAUACACUUUUUAUUUUUCUUUAUAAUAUACACAUGAAUUAAUCUACAUCUUAUGCACCUAUUUCAUGGUUUCCAGGUAGUUCAGCAAGGAAUCACUUUGUUUCCAAGUCACAUCUAUGGGCUCAAUUAUUGCAGACACCUACAUUUUAUUUUAUAAAUCAUCUGGAAGUAUCAGUGCUGACUACAGUACAUUAUAUUCUUGUGAUCUGCUGAAAAUUAAAAUAGCUUUUUUCCUUAUUGAUUGAACCGCAUGUGUGUGUCUUUUCUAAGUAUAAUAUUAGAUGUAAACCUAUUAACAACACUGUAUCUCCUGAACUGCUUCCGCUACUGCAAAGUUUGGCUAGAUCUUUUAUUAAUGUCACCAAGGCAGUGUUAACUAGCUAGAUGACAGAGUAGGUUUAACAUAUUAUUUUUAUAUUUUUUGUCUAAUAUAAGAUGCGUUAACAACAAUAUAUUUGUAUCCGAUAUUUACACUGGUCUUACCUCAUGCUGAAUCGUAACAUAAAUAUUCAAUAUUUCACUUUUAAUGAGUCACGGGUGUGUUUUGGACAUAACGUGCAGUAAACCAGCCAGAGUCUUAUCUCCCAUUCCCUUUAAAGGCUAGUUUUGCUUGCACUUGCAAUUAGAAAGGGCAAAGACUGAACACCGCUCCAGAGAGGAUAUGGAUCUGGUUUUGCAUGAGGUUAAAGUGCAUGAUCAGACCAUCUAUGGGACAAGCCAGAUUCCACCAAAGCCCCCUGAAGUGAAGCAGGCAUAGGAGUACACAAUAAUAAUAUUUUAUAUUAUAAUCCUUUAAUUUUUAAUCUUUGGCAUGCUUGUGUGCUGCUGUGAGUUCCUGUAUGUGUAAUACGCAGAGUGUACAAGCGUUGUGCGCAUAUUACUAACGCGCCCUUUAAAUACAUAAAAACAAUACUGAAAUAUUGACUUUAGACCAGGUUUUAGUUGGUCAAUCAUGCAAUUAUUUUCAGUUGACACACAAAAUGGUUUCUUGUUUUCUGAUAAGCAGGCCCAUGGGUGAACAGAUGGGUGUAAAUGCAUUUGCUGAAACUAGAAAAAAACACUUUUGUAUGUGCUGGCUUGGAAUAACACUCCAGCAACACAAAACAAUAAGACUACAGUAACCCAUGCAGUGGAUGAAUCAGUAUCUUCUGAAGUGAAAUAAUAGGAGUGUUUCAGAAAAAUGAUAAUAUUGUAAACUUACUAUAUAACUUUGCUAAAACAGAACAGUAAAGUUUGUUUUAAUGACAUAUAACAACAUCUGAUCAGACCCAGUUCACUGUUGUUCUACUGAAGCAUUUUGUCAC